UCUGUGAUGUGGCCGGGAGCAGACAUGACCGCAGUGGGAGAACUGGUGCUGGUGCUGGGCUUACUGGUGAGCGCUCACUGUGAGGUGAGGGCACGAGACCCCGAGGUGGAGGAGGAGGAGGAGCUGGGAGGAAGAGCAGCAGCAGGAGGAGCAGCGUUUCCUCCUCGCCUCCAGAGGCUUCCCCCCGAGGUGACAGAGACUCCACUGGGGGAGGGAGGGAGCUUCCCAGCCCGAACUGGGAACUGGUGUGCAUUUGUGCAGCAGCGUGAGGUCACCACGGCAGUGCGGUGUGGAACAGAGAAGUACACCAUCAGGUCUCAGAGUCCGUGUCCGAGUGGGACGCCCGACUGUCAGCUGGUCAUGUACAAGCAGGCCACCCGUCCGGUCUACAGGCAGAAGCAGAAGAUCUUCACUGCUCUGCUGUGGCACUGUUGUCCGGGACACGGAGGACAUAACUGUGAGGACAGAGUCUCUGAUGCACAGCCGCACCCUGGGAGCUCGGCUCUGAUUGGAGGAUCUGAAGCAGCGAGGAUGGAGCUCCACGCUCCAGGAGUUCAGGACCGCCUCCAGCAGGACCGCGUCGAUCCCAACAGCGAACAGAACGACUACCAAACGUCAGUCAGCGAGCUCCAUCACACCGGCUACACCGACAACCUGCACAACACCACAGGCCACGCCCAAGACCCAGGACACGCAAAGGACCCGGGACAUGAAUGGCAUCCAGGCCACGCCCAGCACCCAGACCACGCCCAGCACCCAGACCACGCCCAGCACUCAGGCCACGCCCAGCACCCAGACCACGCCCAGCACCCAGACCACGUCCAGCACUCAGGUCACGGCCAGCACCCAGACCACGCCCAGCACUCAGGCCACGCCCAGCACUCAGGUCACGUCCAGCACUCAGGUCACGGUCAGCACCCAGACCACACCCAGCACCCAGACCACGUCCAGCACCCAGGUCACGUCCAGCACCCAGACCACGCCCAGCACUCAGGCCACGCCCAGCACUCAGGUCACGUCCAGCACUCAGGUCACGGUCAGCACCCAGGCUACGCCCAGCACUCAGGCCUCACCCAGCACUCAGGCCACACCCAGCACCCAGACCACGUCCAGCACCCAGGUCACGUCCAGCACCCAGACCACGCCCAGCACUCAGGCCACGCCCAGCACUCAGGUCACGUCCAGCACCCAGACCACGCCCAGCACUCAGGCCACGCCCAGCACUCAGGCCACGCACAGGACCCAGGCCUCGCCCACAACAACAACACGGGUGACCGCCUCGAGUCCCUCCGUCGUGAGGCCCAGCAGCAGCAGGAGCGUCAUGUCCCAGAUAAGUUGGAUGCUGCCGCCCUCCCUGUGGUCCUCCCCGUUCCCCACAUGAUGGCUCUGGUCAUGUCUCAGCUGCAGCCAGUCCUGGAGGGCUACAACCGCUCACUGGAGCACCUGAGCCGGCAGGUAGGGGACCUGGCCCGUGACGUGGCGCAGCUGAAAAGCAGCCAGCUGGGGGCCGAGCUGCAGGCUGGGCCCCUGGACGACCCCGGGCUUGAUGAGGCAGCGGAGGAGCGUCUGGAUGCCAAACUGGAUGAGGUGUUUCAGCACAUCAGGGAGGUCCAGAGGCAGAUGGCGAACCAGAGGACGGACAUGGAGCACAGACUGCACUCCCAGCAUGCAAUGCUGCAUUACAACCUGACCAGCUUUAAGACAGACACCGACAUGAAGCUGAAACGCCACCAGAAGAUGCUGCAGGUCAGCCUGCAGGCCAUGAAUGCUACACUGGCUGAGCUGAAGCUGGACCAGGAUGAGACCAUUGAGGACCGGCUGGAGGAGCACCUCCCACCGUCGCCGGUGUCCUCAGACACCUCGGCGCUCUGGGAGGCUAUCGAACGCCUGGACAACAUGGUGGUCAACAACUCAGUGAAGGUGGGCGGGCUCAUGGAGGACGUGGAGGUGACCUCGGGGACCGUCCAGAAGCUGAGAAAGGACCUCAAGGACCUGGAGAAGCAAAUCAAUCAGACGGCCCGGAACAGUCAGAUCCAGUUCAUGGAGACGGGGCUGGAGGUGGAGGCAGCGAAGGAGGUGGUGCUGAGGCGGGUGGGCGAGCUGGCGGGGAACCUGACCCUGCAGGGCGAGCAGCUGCAGGAGAUGGAUGUGGACAUGGACUACCUGUACACGGGCUUCUACAAGCAAAACUCGUCUGGAGACUGUGACUGCAAGCUGCUGAAGGCCGCCAUAGUUCGACUGGAGGACAGUGUGGCCAACGUGACGGAGCUGGCCAAUGAAAACCGAUUAGCCCUGGACGAGAACAGUGAGGGAGGGGCGGGGCAAUGGGGCGGGGCCAGUGACUGGGAGCCGGCGGUGGAGGCGCUUCAACAGGGCCUCCAGCAGGUGAAGGAGUCUCUGGCUUUGGAGCAGACCAGGACCAGGACUCUGGACCACAGCCUGAACCAGCUGAGCAGCUCGGUAAGGGUUGGUCUGGCCGAAGUGUCGGGCCUGAAGGAGGCAGACAGAAAGCUGGCAGAGAACAUGCAGCACCUGUCCAGCUCCUUCAGCUCGCUGCUGAAAGACGCCAUCCGCCACAGUGACGUGCUGGAGCUGCUGCUGGGGGAGGAGGUGCUGGAGUUCCUGGAGUGGCCCGUCCAGGACCAGGAGGCCCAUUCCAUCCCAGCCCUGAAGGAGCAGCUGGGGAACCUGCAGGAGGAACUGAGAGGACAAAACCUGAGCAUCACCUCCCUGCUGGGGAGCAGGCCAGGAAUCAGAGAGGAGGUACCGUCUGCUGACCAGCCCUCCUCCUCUUCCCACUCACUCCCUGACGACUGGUAUCCUGGUAGCAUGAGGAGGAGCAGCGAUGGAGUUUCAGCCAGAGAGCGCCAACUCCUCCUCCACCCUGAGGGCAGGCGUCUGGAUCACAGAGGAGACGGCAGCGAUCUGUGGAACCUGGAGAAGAGAGUGGAGGAGCUGGGACUGAAGGUGCGCCAGCUGGAGGAGAAACACCAUAACACUUCCACUGAGAGAGAGUCGCCACCCAGUGGUGUGGAGACCGAUCUACAAGUGGAGGUGAUGUUGCUGAAGAGAGGGCUGGAGGAACAUCUGAGGGUGUUCAAGAACGUCUUCAGCAAUGCUGACGUACUGGCUGGAUCUGACGCCACGCUAGAACUCGACAAACUGUGGAGGCUGGUGAAGAGCAAAGACGGGAAGAAAGAGAAGAAGAAGAGAGGAGACGAGAGGGAGGGAACAGGAAGAGGAGGAAGCCAUCGAAGCAGAAGAGACUUAUCAGGUGCUGUUCCUAUCCUGUCCAGCCAAUCAGAACACACCCCACUGCUUGUGGCUACAUCUCCUCUGAGGGUCUCGAAUGGGGUCAUCGUGUUAGAAGCAUCACUGAACCGGGGUCAGUCUUACUCCAACACUGGCACCUUCAAGGCUCCGGUGGAUGGGCUCUACCUGUUCAUCUUCACCAUCCACCUGAGGCCAGGUCCCGCCCAGAUGGUCCUGAGGAGGGGGUCGGGUGGGGCUUUGGUGUCUCUGCACCAGCAGGGGGUGACGGAUGCGGGGCCUGUCACCAGCGUGGGCCUCCUGCUGCUGGACCAGGGGGAGGAGGUGAGACUGGAACUGAAAGGAGGAGAGUGGGUGGAGUCAGGAGACAAUGUGUUCACUGUGCUGCUGCUCCAUCAGACCACCUGAGGGCACUGUGGACCAAUCAGCUCACUGAUCAGUCUGGCAGGGGCGGAGUCAUACAUUUAAAAAGAGAAUUUAACACUUGGUGUCGUCCAGUUGGUGGAGGCUUUAUUCCAGAGCAUCUGACAGAAUCCUGACUGACUGAGGUGCGAUCAGAGCGGAUCAAACAUUUAAACCACCAGACAGUUGUGAUCAAUCUGUGGACCGCAGACCAGUUUGAGCUCCACCAGCAUCUCAGGUUAAAAUCUUGAUAGCCAGAACUAGAAGAGGAAUUAAGGAAACAAGCAAACUACGAUUAAGAAAUGUUAUCAAAGAUCCCAAAUGUCCGAGUGAAGCGUGUGUUUCCAUUGUUUAUGUGUUUACAGCAGAGCUGGAGUCAGGACGGUGUUAGCUUAGCAUAAAGGAAACAGGUAGCAUCAACAAUAGACUCAUCAACAUCUGCUCAGCUCACCAACAGAAAAACAGUUAGUGGUUUUAGGGAUAUGCGUUGAACUACUUGCUGACAACGUGUCCCUCCGCCCAGUACGCGUGUGCAGUCUUCUAUCAUGUUCUCUGAUGACCUUUAAAGAUGUUGGUGGACAUGUGGACUUUGGCUCGGAGUCACAAAAGUAAACUGGUUUCUGAAAACUGACAGUUAUCAUAAACAUGUGCAUUAGCUCAUCUACAGUAUUGUGUCAUGUUUUUAUUAAAGUAUAUACUGUAUAUUUAUCUCAUUAUCACUGGAACUGAAUAAUUAAACCUGUGGUAACGGAGCUAUCGUACCAUGAACGUCUCAGACUGUUGUAGCCCCACAUUGGACAGAGCCAACUGCUCCCCCUUGCCUCCAGUGUUUAUGCUAAGCUAUGCUAACCACCACUCCUGCUCAGAAACACUAACACAGUGACAUUAUAUACAGUGUGUAUAUAAAUAUAUAUGUGUAACUUAAUAAAAAGAUUUUAUCUACAGAAGUGGCUGUAUGAUGUUUAGCAACAGUUCAAAACCAACCAGAGUCCUGAGAGGAAGUGCUGGCAGCCAUGGUCCUGGUCUAAGGUAGCCCUUGAUUGAUUAGCUCAUCGAAUCAGCUGCCAACUUGCUCAUUUCCAAACAUUUUGCAGUGACGACUUCUCCGACGGGUUUCAGUUUGACGUCACGACACUGCAGACACAGAAGAGAGGCGUGGAUUUAUCUGUUCCUGUUUCACACAUUGUGUUAUUUCCACAUCUUGGUUUGGUUCAGGAGGACAACGUUUAGC